AGGAGGCUGAUGAAGGAGCUGGAAGAAAUCCACAAAAGCGGCAUCCAAAACUUCUGUGACAUCGAAGUCGAUGAAGAGAAUUUCCUGCGCUGGGAGGGUCUCAUCGUUCCUAACAGCCCUCCCUAUGAUAAGGGGGCCUUCCGCGUGGAAAUCCGCUUUCCCGCCGAGUACCCGUUCAAACCACCCAAGAUCCUCUUCAAGACGAAGAUCUACCACCCGAACAUCGACGAGACUGGCCAGGUGUGCCUGCCGGUGAUCAGCUCGGAGAACUGGAAGCCGGCCACCAAGGCCGAGCAGGUGAUCCUGUCGCUCGUGGCGCUCAUCAGCGAGCCCGAGCCCGAGCACCCGCUGCGGGCCGACCUCGCCCAGGAGUACAAGACGGACCGCGAGCAGUUCUACAGGAACGCAGAGGACUUCACCAGGAUGUUCGCAGAGCGGAGACCCGCCCCCGAAGCACGCACACCUGCGCCCGGAGGCCACUGUGAGACACCCCCACGUGCCCCGAAACUGGCCAUCAGGAACACCCCCCAAAACUCACUGCGUCAACGCCUGGCCUCCACCGGGGACACAACUACCACGCGACAAUGCCCGCUAUCCAAACACGUCUCCGUAUCCUCGGAAGAAUUAAAAGUUUAA